AUGAUACUCAAAGUGGUUCAGCUCACGAGCCGGCUGGCCAAGGCAUUCGACAAGGUGGUGGAGGUUCUCGGUGUUAUUGGCGAGAAUCUACCCGAGUUUGACCGUUACGCAAAGCUCUUCGAACAAGACGAACAGGUCAAAAAGAUCUUGUGUCUAUUCUAUCAGGACAUUCUCGAUGUGCAUGUAACACUUCUGAAGUUCUUCGGUGGCAGCGCCUGGGAACUCCUAUUCGAAUCCUUCUGGCCCAAGGUCACCGACAAGAUCAGUAUCAUAAUGCAGCGAAUGACAACCCACAGGGCUCUAAUGCUGGAAAAGGUCACAAUUGCCAACAUUACUCAAGACAUCGCCGACAGAGAACGCGCCUAUAAGGAGUAUGAAAAGCAGCAUGAAUUCCAAGAUCUCCAAAAUUACCGCUUGCUGAGAGGUGAGCUCUCGCCCUCCUUAUACGAUGACGAGCUUCAGCAGUUUGCCGGCAGUGGCCCAGAGAAAUCAGGCACGUGGUUGUUCGAGAAUGGGGAUUUCAAAAAGUGGGCCGAUGUCAACAACAAAACCCGGCUUUGCCUUUGGCUUCAGGGCAUACCUGGUGCUGGGAAAACUGUAUUGACUGCCAAGACAAUCCGGUAUCUCCAAAGCCAAGGGCAGACACUCCUGUUUGCGUUCUUGUCGUACCGUGAUGAGCGCAAAUCGAAACCCGUCAAGAUCUUUCAGAGCUUAGUCUUUCAACUUCUUGAGGAACAAUCGAUGUUGCGCCCAUUGUUACAUGAUAUUUACCUCACCAACUACCGAAAGCUUAUCUCGAAUCCAGACUUCGUGGGGGAUUUGCUAGGCAAGCUUUUGCAAACGUCGGGCCCAACGAUCAUUGUCAUUGAUGGCGUUGACGAAGCCGCCGAAUCAGAUAAAUCAUACCUCGUGCGGUCUCUUCUUCGAGUUACGAAAUCUGGGCCGAAUGUCAAGCUUUUUGUUAGCAGUCGGAUGGAUUCAGCGAUCAGCAAAGAGUUGAUGCGCAGUAGCACAGAGCUUCACGUUGAGGAUCACAACGAAGGCGAUAUUCAUGAGUUAAUAGACAUGGAAAGGGACGAUCUCUUGUCAAAAUUCCGGAAAUGGGAUGCUGACGAGGCAACUUGUGACCGAGUUGGCCGAGCCUUUCAACUAUUGAAAGAGAAAAGCGAUGGGAUGAUACUAUAUGCGAAGCUGAUGGCAAGACUGCUACAAGGUCUGGACAAUGAAGAUGAUAUCAGACGGGAACUUGAUACCUUGCCGGAGGGUCUUGGGCAAGCAUACGGCCGAGUUAUCGAACGAAUUGAAUCAAACCCAGUGCCCAAGGACAAAGCUGCUGCAAGGAAAAUUCUGGAAUGGAUUGGCUCGGCUACACGCCCACUUCGCUACGAGGAGGUCAUCCAGGCUUUGGUGAUCGAGUCCGGAUCAUCAGGAUUUACGAAAGGGCGUAAAGCGUUUCGGGAUAUUGUAGAGACCUGCGGGCCAAUUAUCGAGGUGGUUGGGGACUAUGUCGGUUUUGUCCACUUCACUGCUAAGGAGUAUCUUUUCAACGGCGACGGAAAAUUUCUUGACAAGGAGGAGUCGAAUCUUCAUAUUUCCCUAGCUUGUCUGACCUACUUGGCCUUCCAACCUUUGGACCGCAUCAUGCAACAUGGAGACUCGGCUGCCAUAUGCGACGAAACCUCAAAGGUCCUGUCUGGCGACUUUGUCUUGCUCGACUAUGCUGCUUCGGAAUGGCUAAGCCAUAUCGGCGCUUGUGCUCAGUCCCGCCACGAUGAACAGCUCGUCCAGGCAAUACGACGGCUUUAUGAGAAGCGAGGGAAGCCAGAUGUACAUGACUCCACUCAAGUCUCCAGGAUAUUCAAACACAAGUAUCGAGCACUUCGAAGAGACCCAGAGCUUGUUAAACGCCUCGGGCAGUCCGAGACUUUUUUGAACAGGUCGAAACUUGACCUCAUCGAAGUCGACGGUGGAUGUUCAUGGUAUGGCAUGGAUCCAACCUAUAUUUCCCAAGGCAUCAUGCGGUUUCGGGAUCUCCUCGAAAGAUCUCUUUGUACCACCUCGCCAUGCAACCUUUCUUGCAAUUGUACAAAGAUCAAAAGACUGUACGGGCAUGCUCUAUUUAGGUGCCCCCGAAUAUCUUGUCCCCGAUACAUUGACGGAUUUGAAACUGAUUCCGCACGUUUCGAGCACCACAAGACACAUGAACGCCCAUACAAGUGCUCUCAUUCCGAUUGUUUGUUCUCCCAACUGGGAUUCCGGACCGCAAACGACCUUGCCCGCCAUGCGGACGUCACCCACAACCACGUUGUCAACGAUGCUGUGCCUUGGAAAAACUUCACAGCCCACCACCUCAGUGAAAGUAACAUUGUGGCCAUCAUAGAAGAUACUAUCAGUCUGAACCAAGUCGGGAUCAUGACACGCAUUCUAUCCAAGGAAUCGGGUUUCCUACGCGUCUGCUGUUCCAGAAAUUCGAAUGAAAGUGUUCACUGCGAUGAAUAUACCAGGGGAUACCAUAAUGGGUAUCAAGAGCCCUUUGUGAUGGAUGAUGCACUGAGGAUAUCAGCAAGAGCAGGAACUACAGAAAUGAUGGAAUGCGUCAUUGCGGCUGCCAAACUUGCUAAACACAAGGUUUAUGCCAAGGUCGAUCUUUUGGCACAUGCUAUCAGAUCAGGGAACAAUGAUGCUUUGGGCGUUAUUCUUCAACACUAUACUGCCUUUGGCGAAGCCUCGGAAGAAGUGGAGAUCCGUGAAGCUGGCUCGGAUUCUGAGUAUGACAACGAAAAGUGGAUUUGUUUCACCACUGUGUCACUCUUUGAGUUGGCCUUUGCCCACGCCAACGGCCGAGCUAUGAAAGCCCUGGUAAGGGCUGGAGCCCGUCCCGAUGUUCGUCGAGAGACGUUUAUUGAUGUGUUCAAGACAAGAGGCCACAUGGAACUAAUGUCCGCAGACAAUCCUAAGACACGAGACACGCUAGGGAGGAUGAAAGUUCUAAAGCUCCCAAGUCUGGUGCUGCAAUAUGGGCUACAGGUCGCUAUUCAGCGAUCCUCAGCCCAUUACGCCGAGUUUUGCGUCGAUAUGGGUGCCAACGUCAACGGAAAAUGGCUCAAUAUUGGCGAGAAGAAAAGACGCGAACGUCCGACGAUGCUAUUUCUCGCGAUCAAGAGUGGAUGUGGGCCCAUCUUCAAGUUACUGCUGGAGCACGGGGCUCUUCUACAGGGGGAUGAAGUGGAGGAUGUCGAAUCUGGGGAGAUUGCUGGGAUGAAGAAGAUUGAAAAGUACUUUUCUAUGUCUUGGAAGGAAAUGAUGUCGACGUUUUCGAAGAGUGCGUGAUUACACUUGGCCCGUUGAGUAAUUCCGGUAAGCAGGAGGUGGCAGGAGUCAUUGGGGGAUUCAUUCAGAUCAUGAUGAGCCGAUCAGUGUACUUGAUCUCUCAUACUCAGUUGAAGUCAAAUGCACAAAUUGCUGUGUUAUGACAGCGACCCUGGUUACCUAGCCACUUCCCGCGAUCGAUCUGACGAUGUUUAUCGUAAUAUAACAUAGAGUAACGACGAUUGCCAUUUUCGACAACAUGACCAAUGGAAGAGAGGCUAUCUAUCUCUGGUCCCGUACCCACCAAUCUCAUCGUCGAACACCUUUGUGGCAAAGUAGCAACCGCAAAGUCACUAAUGUCAUUAGCUGCCUCCACACGUAGUGGAAGCAUCAGAACAACACCAUCAAGACUCUCACCCUGGAGAUUAACCCGUAGAUGUAUUGGUCAUUCGCAAUCUCGUGGACGGCCUCAAAAGCCUAUCUAUAGCUUGUCAUAAGCUGCCCUAAUAUCUCGCUCGGGCGUGUGGGAGGACAUUCUCGCCACCACGAGACUCCAACCAAACAGGGACACUGAUCUCAACGUCCUCGAACACAAGUCCAUUGAUAACUACACGGUCCAUACCUACCGAAUCGUCAGUUCCCCUUCUAGCUACGUUUAUAUCCGCAACAAUCGUUAUUCACCCAAGAAAUUGCAGACCGGAAUAUCGAGUUCAUUUCAUACCUUACUUUGCCGCGAACACGCGAUACUUGUAUCGUUUUGGCUUGUUGGACGUGGCAAGAGCAGGCGAUGUUGUGUGCGCAUCCCUGGUGUAGGUCUACGAGCAAGCGCUGCUGAUGCUGAGAGCAGCGUCGUUUGUGGCCGUGCCUUUUAUCUUAAGCUAGAAUGAAGACAGAGAUCAGAAACCUAGGUAUAUGGGUAGUGGACAGGUUGGAAAAAAGACUCCUGAGCUGUGAAAACCUAAACUAUUAUUACAAGUACAUCAUACACCACCCAAGGCCUGUUCCAUUAUCUCCAAGCCCCACUACCAUCAGCGAGCUAUCAUCUUCUUGAUUCCCUCCUCCAUCAGCUCAACAGGUUUCUGAUCAAACCCCGG